UUAAACUGUAAACCGCACAACCGGAAUUUUCAAUCAAAAUAUAUCGAGCAUGAUCAUUUCAAUGUGGUUUUCAAAUGAAUCUUGAAUGUUCUGGACACUUUAAAGCGAUUUUGUUUUCUGGUAGCUGCAAUUUCUGAUGACUUAUACUUAAAGAUUUUAUUUCUUUAUUUUUUGUCCUAUUAAUUUUUGAAAGUUGAUCGAUAAAAUAAAUUGUUUUAUAUUUGUUCGUAGCAACUUGAACAUUUCGAGAAUGACAUCCAUUAGAACAACUUCAGGCAAAAAAGAGUAUGAUGCUACUAAUUAUACUUGCCAAAAGUGCUUGGAAAAGGGUCAUUUCACGUAUGAAUGCAGUGGAAAGCGAAAGUUUGUUUCUCGUUUAAGCCGAACAAAGCUUCUAGAAAAAAGAAUGAAAACUGCAAACGAUCCCCCAGCUGCAACACAAGAAAGCGCAUCAAAUGAGAUUAAUGAGCAGACUAAAAAAGGGUCUGCUACAUCCGGUGAAAUUAAGUCUAAGAAAAAGCGUUCAAGUGUAUCAUCAAAAAGUUCUAGUGAUUCCAGUGAAGACUCUGAUAGUGAUAGUUCCUCGUCUUCCGAUUCUAGCUCAAGUAGUAGUUCCUCCUCUUCAUCAUCAUCUACUUCGUCUUCCGAUUCUGAAUCUUCAUCCUCAUCGUCAUCUACCAACAGUAAAAGUCGAACCCUUUCAUCAUUAAGUGAUGAGCAAAAUUAGAAUUAUGAAGAAGGCUGGCUUGCUUUUGUGCCAUGGGCUUAAAACUGGUAUAUUGAAGGCCUAGUUUCUGUUACUUAAGUGAUAAUAGCUGUUAUACACUUAAGUUUUUUGACAGAAUACUUCGCCAUAAAAUUGUCAACAAAAAUAUAUAAAGUUUAAAAAUAAUGGUAAUAAAAAGGUUUCAGAUUUUUGUUUUAAGGUUUAUUUUAACUUGUUUCUUUAUACCAUACUUGAAUAGCAAUAACUGACUUAAACCUAUUAAGUAGCACUUUCUAUAAAAUGUUAAUGACUUAAUAGCUAUUUAAUUGCAAUAGGGUGAAAGAAAAAUAUUUUGCGAUAAAUCUUAAUCAUGUGGAUUAAUUUUUUAGCUUCAACACAGUCAAUAUAAUGCAAAUUAAUGAAAAAAUUUAUCAGUGCCUUUUGUUUUUGUUCUAAGAGAAAUCAGUUCCAUUUAAUGUAGGGUAAUCUGGGAUAGUAAAGGCUAGUUUCUGUUUCUUAAGUGGUAAUAAUUUUUUUUAUGCAGAUAAAGAUACUUAGUAAUAAAAUUGCUAAUAAAGAUUUUUUUAAAAAUUUUUUAACGUAGUAACUCGAUUCUUCAUACCAUACAUUUCUGGAAAAAACUUAUUUUAAAAUCUUACGUCCCUAAUCAUCCACUUAAGCUAUAGCGAGAGAGAAUUUAGUUGCGGCAAUCUGCGACAUGCACCUCCCUUGCUUUGACUAAUCACCUCUCUCAAAACUUCUUUGCACCUUUGUUUUUCCAACUCUUAUUUUUGUAAAAACUGCCCUACUUGGUUCGCUUAAAUCGCGUGUUAUUUUUUUAUUUUCUUCUAUAAUACUCGGAUUACAUCAUAAGUCUCGUGAAGUUUAGUUUCUUUUCCACUCUUCUUGUCUGCAACUAACUGUACUCUUUAACAUUUAAAAACACAUAAGAUUCUUUUGCAAAUCUCUUGUAAAUUUCAAAUAUUGGUGAUGCAUUUCUCGAAAAUAAUUGAUUAAUUAUACAAAUUUUGCUUAUCAAGAUUGCAAAGAGAGGUGGCUUAACAAGAAAAUUCAAUGCAAUAAAAUAAUUUUGAUUUGAAUUUGUUCCAAUUUUCGUUCUAAACAUGUUGAACUUCUGAAGAUGUGUGAUUCGUUUGAUGGUGUUCAACAAUAGAAAUCACCAACUUUUUUUAUAUUUAUCGCAAUGCAAUAAUUUAUAAUAUUUAAAAUCUUCUGAAUAGUUAGUUUUCUGGAAUUGCUGAAAUUUGUAGAAAGACUAUACGAAAAAGAGUUGCUUCUAUUUUAAAUAAAAACAGUUAUGUGUAACUUAUAUUAUUCAUAAAUAGAAAUAUUUUUAUAGCUGAUGUUAAUGUAUCAAAUGUUUCAAUUUUUAAAUGUUAACCCUUUUUUCAUGUAUAUGUUAGGCCUUGGAAGUACCAAAAAAGUGCUUAAUUUUGCAUCACAAAAAUUAAGUGUUAAAAGUCCUUACUACUUUUUUUUAAAGGAAAAAGUGUGAAAGAAAUGUUAUCUUUUAUUGUUAUAAAAAGUAUGUUUUUUUUUUUAAAAUUUUGUAUUAUUUAGAUGUUACGACAUGCAAUUUAAAAUUGGAGUUAUUUUAACCGCUCUCAAAUUCAUUGUAAAUUGACAUCAGUUUUCGAUCGCUUUUUCAGACAGUUCUAAGUGACUUUUCGAAAUAAAAUCGUUUUAUCAUUAUAAUGUUACUACGGUAUGCAAAUUUCAGGUUUGAAAAUUAACAAUUCAUUCAGAAAUUGCAUUUGGGCAUGCUAAUUGUUUUUUUCCCUUCGAAUUCUUUCUUUUUAAUAUGUUUGUUUUUUAACGAAAUCUAUCGUGAUUUCUCAAGGUCUUAUGAUAUAUAUAUUUUUUUUUACCUUUUUCUUACAGUUUUAAAUUUUCAAUAUUUUUAUUAUGAUGCUAUUAUACUAAAAAUCUCAGUUGUCACCUUUUGAUGUUUUUUCAAGUUAACGAAAAAAAUUUUUUUUUCUCACUUUAAAUGGAAAAUCUUUCACUUUUACAUAAAAAAAUAUUUAUUCUUUUAAUUGCAUUCUAAAAGAUAUUCUUGUGUAAACAUUUUUAUAUAUGACAGUACAAAGGAAAAAUAAUUUUUUAAUAUUAAAAUAGAAAUUUUUUCUGUAUUUCAAAAAAAAAAGAGAAAGUAGAAAGAGGAAUACCUUUUAUUUGAUCAAAUGAAAGAUAUGAUUAAAUUAAAAAAUAUUUGAAUUUUGCUAAUAAAGAUUACGAAUACUGCCACUUAUUUGAAAAGAUACUGUACCGCUUAUUUGAAAAAUACAUAGAAAUAGACAAAGAAUAAGAAAUUAAAAUAAGUUACAACAAUCAUAUAAAUUUUGAAUGAAAAUUAGCAAUAUUGAGCCUGAUAUAUAUUAACUAAGAUACAUUUAUUUCUUCCAAACCAGAUGCCUUGCAAUAAUUAGUCUUGCUUUGUUUAUUAGAAAUCAAAACCCAAAGCAGCUGAGAAUUCAGAAUGACUUCUGAAAUCGAUGAGCCAACAGGGUACUAGACUUGGCUUCAAAUUCAGGGACCAGGCUCAAAUUUCAGAAUGGUGAUUGCUAUUUUUUUAUGCAUCAUUGAAACUAGCCUGCUGCUCUGCUUAAGCAAACAUUAGUGAUUAUGGAGGUAUGGAUAAAUUGCCAUUUUUCUGUAUGCUUAAGGAGAAGUAUUUUGUAAGAAAUUUUUAUUAUGUAAGUAAAUUUUUUGCUGCAACUUCAACAGUUGAACAAUGUGUACAUUUAUGAAAAACUUUCAGUUAUUUUUUUACAAAAAAGAAUCAGUCCUAUUUAAACCAGUUUUAAGCCGUUACAGUGAUCACCACUCAUAAAACCCGCGAAUUUUAAAUAUCUAAGAAGGAAAGAAAAUCAUUAACAGUAUUGAUGUCUUCAAAAAUUAUUUUGAAGAAAAAUCUUUUCAAAGCUUUACUUUUAGGGGGCACGUUCUAUCAUGCUUGUCUGCUGAGAUUUGACUUGAAUCUUAAAAAGUUUUAAGUUAUUUUUUUAAAAAUUUAUCAUUCCUCAUAAAUAUAUGCAGUCAAUAUAAAUAAGUAUUUUAAUAUGUUUAUUUUAAAAUUGUUUUAUUAGUGAAUAAUUAUACUGUUUUCAUGCUUAUUCAAUUAUUGUUACAGUUUAACUUGAAUUUGCACUUGCAUCAUUUAGAUUAUGAUUGUUGCGUACCACAAUAUACAAAAAAUCAUAGUUAUUAAAUAUAUUGUUCCACUAAAUUAUGACCUCAUUAUUAUUUAAAGUAAAAAGUGAGAAAAAAAUUUUGUAUUGAUUAUACCAUAUUUAAAUUUAUGUAUGAUGUUAAAAAUAAUUAAAAUGUAAAAAAAAAAUGCAGUGCUAUAAGUUAUUACAAUUUUAAUUUUUAAAUCAUAUAAACAACAUUUAUUUUAAGAAAAAUUAAUUUAGUAGUCACUGGUUAUACCAUGACAAAUAGAUAAAUGCAUAUUAAAUUUGGGUAUACUGCUCAACAUAGUCUUUAGGAUGGAGAAAGUGUUGGAUAUUUAAGUUCAUUGAAUGUUUUUUAAAAACCUUUAUUUUGAAUCCAUUCAACUACAUAACACAAUUUAGAGCAAAAAAACUAAUUUUCUUAAUUGUAAGCUAAAUUUAUUUUUUAUUUUUAUUUAGUAGAGCCAAAAUAGUAUGAUUUAAGACAGACGAUUUUUUUUCAUGGAAUGAAAAUGCUUCUUUUUUUCGGUGGGAGGAAACUAAUUUUAGAUGAGUAAAAUAUGAUAGUUAAUCAUAUAUAGUGCAACUUUGCUCUUACCUUGUCCAUUAUCCCUCUUCAGUAUCCAUUCCGCAUCAAUAAAUAUACUAAUAUUGUCUAUAAUUAUUUUUAAAAUACUAUCAAACAUAAAUUAUUAAAAGUUGUGAUACAUACCUAAAGUGUAAAUUAUAAGUAAAAUUUUGCACAUAAAUAUGUUUGCAAAAAUUUUGCAACAAACAGAUUUUUUUUGUUAUUAAUAUACAUUCAGCACCUAUUUUUUUACAAUAUAUAUGAAUACAUGUAUAUGAUCUUGAAAUAUUUAUCCCAAGUAUAUAGCUAAAGAUAAACUGAUUUAAGAACCACUGUUAUUUUAGAUUAUGACUGCUAUAAUACCUGAUAGGAAACUUCUCGUUUUUUAUCUUGGCUUCUGUGGUUUUUCUAGUUUUUGUUUCUUACCUUUAUUUUUCUAUUUUUUGCUGACAACUUCAGCUUUUUUUCCAAAUCAUUUUUGUUUCAUUACAUUCAUGCCUGUCAAGUCUUGAAAAUCGAUGCCUAUUUGAUGCUCUUAAAACAUGUCAACUGUCAUUUCUGUUUUGUAUAUUUUUGAAGUAUAUGAAGUUUUCUAUCGGGUAAUAUCUUACUGCUUCAGUUACUUGGGAUCAUUUUUCUUAAUAUGACUGCUAUAAUUUCAAUUUUAAACAUGACUGCUAUGUUUUUCUUUUCUAUGACUUUUCUAGUAUCUUAUCACUAAACAUUAGAAAUUUCUGAAUUUUUUUUUCUUUCUUACUGUCACUACCUGAAAAUAGCCCAAUUGUAGAAAAUGAGAGUAAGAAGUGAAAGGUGAAAUGAAUUUAAAAUUUUUGCAUUUAAGAAAUCAAUGUCAUAUAUGUGAGUGCUUGAAUGUUUGACCAUUCUGUCACAUACCUGAUCAUUUUAAAUUAUAAUUUAAACAUAAUUGUUUAAUUUUUGGAUGUAAUUUCAUUAACCCUUUCGCGACGCAAAGCGCGAAAGCGCGCUUACCGCUGAGGCCGGCAGUCUCUCUAGCGUGUGUCUCCCCAGGGCCGGAGGGUUUUUUGAUGUUAAGCCUAAUUCCAUGAAAUUACCGAAAUAUCAGCGCGUUGUUUAAUAUUGUUCUGUAGAGUAUUUAAGUGACAUAUGCUUUAUAUAUAUUUCUAUGGAUACUUUAUUUACUUAAGUUAUUUCUUGUUUAAAUGUAAUAUAAAUAUUAAUAAGUUUAAAUAUUUUGCAUAAUUUCCUCUAUUUCCAGCUCAGUUAAAAAUUUUCGACGCUUCGACAUUCUAACGGUAAAAAGAAAAAAAAUUCAAGCCUACAAGAUCUAAUUAUCCACUAAAAACUAAUCCGAAAAUCGAAAGUAGCGAGAGAAAAAAAAAACUCCCUUACUUACUGUAAAUAAAUAUCACGUGCUAAUUUAAAGAGCCCUCAUAAAACAUUCCCCCCCUCCACUCCUUCCCCUAAAAACCACGUGAAUGUACUUUCAUCUUGAGUAGAAGGUCAAAUCUACAUGUAUCUGAAACCAUAUGGACAUACAAUGCCAUCUUUUGGAAGAAAUUUCAUUUUUUAAAACGUUCCGAAACGCUGGCACAAAUAAGUGACGGUCGGGGGUGAACGAGAAAACUCUCUGACACGCGGGUGUGUCGGCCGGGAAGUGAGCGCGUUUCUUGCUGACACAUAUAUGUGACAGUCGGCUCGAAAGGGUUAAAUUGUAUGGUUAUACUUUGUAAAUAAUUUAGAUUACUUUGGUAAAUUUAAUGGCAUAGAAAGCAAACAUGUAUCAAUGGUUAUGUGAGUCCCAAAAACAUUGAUUAGUUUUGAUUGGUUAAUAAAUAAUAGGCAUUAUUUUUAAAAAUAUGAUAAGUGCAGAUUUCAAGUGUUAAGAAGUUUUAGAGGUAUGUAAUAAUAAAACAGAUCAUUUAUGAUUUUUGACAUCUUGAAACAUGUUAAUUUAUCUUAAAUAUAGCAUUUUUAAACAAAAAUAAGGUCACUAAAAGAAGGAUAUAUUUUUCAUUAAAAAUAUGUGUUACAUAUAUCAUAAACCCAUAUGAUUCCAAAAUGAUAUACUCUUUAUUUUUAAAUCUGUUCAAUGAACCUGUACCAAGCAAAGAAAAACUAUUGCUCAAUCCAAUGCAUAAUACUAUAAUUUAAAGCUCUGAAAUUGAAUAUAUAAUUAGUAUUUUAUUUACAAUUUAAGAAAAAUUCACUAAGGUUAUAAAUUUGUGGAACACUAUAUAAAUUGGUAAUUUAUACCAUGAGCACACGUAAUUUGUGAAAAAUCAUCAUAUAUCUAUAUAGUAAUUCUGUUUUUAGUCCUUUUUUGUAUGUAGUAAUUUUAUUUUUUUAUCAGGACAGUUUUUGAAUGAAACACUAUAUUUUUGUCAUAAAAUAUUCAUUAUUUUUCAGUUUAAUAAUAUUUCCUGUAUUUUGAAUGUUAUUGUAUGCAUUAAAAGUUGCACUAAUUGAUUAAUUAACACUGUUAGCUUAUUUUUUUAUUCUUGCCAGUUUUCUCAUCUAUAAGUUUCUGCCACUGGCAUGGUGAAAGCUAUUUCUACCAGUAAAAAAUUAGCUCUAAUCACAUUUUAAAGCAAUAUGUUUUCCAGAUUAAUGGAGAAUGUUAAUUGUGUUCAGAUAUUUCAGUGUAAAUUGUAAAUUAUUUUACAUCAUUUACUCUUAAAAGUGAGAUUUUAAUGUUAUAACUAACUAUUUGCAAAUUUUAUGUAUGGUAAAGAAUAUUAAGCCAUCUUUGUAUUGCUAGAAAUGUCAUUUUUAUAAAGAAGGGUACAUUUUUGGUGUACCUAUGUUAUUGUUUAACGCCAAUAAAGUACAUAAAAUUUCAGUUUUGUUAA